AUGAGCAUUUCCCCUAUGAAUUCAGACAACACAACAGCAACAAAGGAGGCCGUAGCCAAGAAAGUUUCUGAAACCGACAACAAAGCGCACGAGCACGUCAAAAAGCUCAAAGAGUCGUCCCUUGGGAAAAUGGUGCCCACCCAGUACAGCAAUGUCACUUGCCAGCACAUUGCGCUAGGAUCCUUUAUUCUUAUGGCGGUGGUAAGUCUUUGCACCUACAUGUUCUGUGUGGCAAUUGAUGGAGCCGAUCCCACCUAUGGCCACAAAUUUCCCACCUGUACGACUGGAAUCAUUUUAGCGAUUGUUUUAGUGCUGGCUAGUUUACACGACGGUUAUGUCUACUUCGCCAAAAAUGGCAAAAUGCUCCUUUCCUUUUUAGGAUUCCGGGCGUUAACAAUAAUCGCAGUAAUUGUGGCGGUUUUGUUUAUUAACAGUGACAAUGCAGGAUUUACUUUCAAAGGUUUCCUUUUGGUCUUCUACGGCAUUGUUUGUCUAUUUUACACGUACAUCUUCUCUAUCUUUAUCUCUGAAGUCAAGCAUGGCGCCAGCAACUCCGACCCAAGUGAGCACCAGGCCGUUUAA